UUGUUCUGAAGCGUUAUGGUGCUAUCGAUUACGACUGGGGUAUCAAGCUUCAAGAGUGGAAGCUUCUACUAUUUUACCAAAAGGGGAACAUCUCAUACUGCGGGUGACGGCGCUUGGACUUACGGUGGUCUCACCUCGCCAGCAGCUUCAACUUCUUCUCUAACGACUUCGUCCACCGCGACAUCCUCUACCUUCACCCUAACGUCCUCUGCGACACCUACUUCCUCUUUACCAUCGUAUCAUUUACAUCUGCCUCAUUUGUCUCUGCCUCCACAUCCCCUUCCUUUUCCACCUCUACCACAUCAAAUCACUCUUCGAACGCAAUUGCCUUAUCUAAAUGAGCCCUCAUCGGUAUUAUCAUCGGUGCUAUCAUCUUUUCCAUCAUCUUGCCUCUGUUUUUCAUCUGGAUGGAAUAUUCUUACCCCAGAUGCAACCGGCGAGGAGGAGAACCGUCCAGCUGGUCUGGGCUCUCCUCGUAACAGCGGUGAUGACGAAGCAGAUUCUUUCCUCCGUCGCAGCACCGCUGGACCAGGGGUCCCAAGGGCAGGAGCUACGCACCAAGAUUCCUAUUGGCCCUUUCCACAGAUUAGCCGCUGGCCCUGCUCCACCGCUACUGAUCCUGAACGACAUCCACGUCCAGUAUCUUCUCUUUCCCCCGGUGCUGCGCCACCUCGUAUUGUAAGAAGCGCUAGCCCCGAUCGAACAAAAUUCUCCCAGGCUCCCGCAGACUAUGGCGUCGUCCUGCCUGGCCCUGGACACUUUGGACGGGCGUACAGUGGUGAUGGCAUCCCUGCCCACACCAACAGCGAAAUGCUAGGCCGCAUCAUGUUUCCUGGCGAGCUCCUCCGCAUUGGAGAUGAGGAAGAAACUAGAAGACAUACCCCGAUCACACAUGUACAACUCAAGUCAUCCCUCUCUGCCCGAGCACAUCGCGCCCCUACUUCCACCCCCACCUUUUCGAGGGCCACUGUCACCCGCCAAACCUUCAGACCGACCGCUCCAUACUUAAUGAAAAGGAAAAAUCCGUCCGCAGUGCUUCUUACCCAAUGA